UGAUUAUUUGGGUACGCUUCGCUCUUUCUCUCUCUCUCUCUCUCUCUUCAUCAAUCUUCAUGGAUUCCUCCCUGCAACUUGCACGCCUAUCUCAACGCCCCUUCUCUUCUUGAAUAAUUGUUUCUGUGGUGGUAAUGUGAGUGGAAUUGGGUAGCAGCUGAAGCAGCAACAGCAGCUAUGGAUGCUUCUUCCUUGGAGGGUCGCUUGGAUCCAUCAAAGUGCAGCAAGUUGCGAAUGGAGGAAAAACGGGAUCUUGUUUAUGAAUUAUCAAAGAUGUCAAAUUUUUCUCCUGAAAUGCUACAAGCUUGGAGUCGCCAGGAGAUCUUGGAGAUACUCUGUGCAGAGAUGGGAAAAGAAAGGAAAUAUACAGGCCUAACAAAGUUAAAAAUUAUAGAGAACCUUCUAAAAAUUGUAGCUGAGAAGAAAUCACUAGAGAAUGGAAGUUCUAGUAAUCUUGAAUUGCCUUCAUCAGAAAAGGGCCAAAGAAGUUUCAAAAGGCAGAGAAAAGUUGAUCACCCCAAUCAUUUCCCUGCUGCCACAAGUAAUGUUUCAACUACCAAUCCUAACAGUGACUUGGGGAAUGUUAUAUACUGCAAAAAUCUGGCUUGCAGAGCUAGGUUAAAUAGUGAAGAUGUAUUUUGUAAGAGGUGUUCAUGCUGUAUUUGUCGCAACUAUGAUGAUAACAAGGAUCCUAGCCUGUGGCUAGUUUGCAAUUCAGAGCCUCCUUUCCAACGUGAUUCUUGUGGCAUGUCAUGCCACCUUGAGUGUGCCAUUAGACAUGAAAGAUCUGGAAUUGUGAAGGAUCGACAAGAUGAGGGAAUCAAUGGAAGCUUUUAUUGUGUAUCUUGUGGAAAGGCUAAUGAUCUGCUCAGUUCUUUGAGAAAACAACUAGUGACAGCAAGAGAUACUAGGCGGGUAGACAUAUUAUGUUAUAGGAUUUCUCUAAGCCAAAAGAUCCUUGGUGAGGCCAAAAGUUGUAAGCUGUACACCGUUAUGGAUGAAGCAGUUAAAAAGCUUGAGGAAGAAGUGGGCCCUUUAACCGGUUCACCAGUGAAGACGGCAAGGGGCAUUGUGAACAGGCUUUCUUCUGGUCCAGAGGUUCAGAAGCUCUGUGGUUUGGCAGUUGAGUAUUUAGACUCUAUGCUUUCAGAGAGAGUACUUGAAGUGCCAUCUGACCCUAAAUUGCAAGAUUGUAAUGUGAUAGCUUCAAAGCUAAUCAGAUUUGAAGAUGUUUGUGCCUCAUCUGUUACUAUCAUCCUUAGUCCUGAAGAGUCAACAGUGGGGAAUUUUGUGGGGUACACCUUAUGGCAUCGAAAAGCUGAUGAUUUGGAAUAUCCUGUGAACCAUACAUGUACAUUGUUUGCGCCAAAUACCAGGUUUGUACUCUCUGGUUUGGUUCCAGGUACAGAGUAUCUUCUGAAAGUUGUGUCUCUUGAUAGUCAAAGCAAGUGGGGAGUUUGUGAACUUCGAUUUGAGACAAGUAAAAGUAAUGAAGCGUCACAUCUGAACUCAGAGAAUUUGGAUGGCGAAAGAAGUCAGAGUGUGCGAACAAACUGUAGCAGCCCCUCCUCUAACCAUCCUUGUGUGGAAGAAGAAGAAGAUGAAGAAAUUAAUGAUGACAUGCCAUCCUACAGUAAUGAGGAUGAGGACAGAGGGGACAAUUCUCUUUCUUGUUACACUGAUAAUAUCACCUCUACGAAUCUAUUAUGCUGCGAGGGUAAAAGCCCUAAAGCAGCAGCAACGAUGAUGACAGUAAAGCCAUGUUUGGGAGGGGAGGAGCCCAGCAUGCGAAAUUUUAGUAGCUCCACACGGCAUACAACAGAUGUGAUAGAUGUUGAGAACAAGGAUUCUCCAGAUGCACAAAUAGCAGAAGAGACUAGCACCGGCAAUGGAUCAAACACUCCUCCUGAAACCAUCCUGGAGCAUUCUGGAGGUAACUUGGAAGCGGGGGGCUUGCCCAUCACGCCUUACAAGACAGAGAGCAUGGACUUCCUUGGACGAAAAGGUAGAUUCCUCCAAGGCAGUGGAAAGGAUGUGGAGAAUGGGUGUGGAAAGGAGGAUCAUCCGCGAGGUGGGAGCUCGUCGAAGAAGAGAAGCAGCGAAAGGUUUGAUAAACAAUGUGGUGGGGACAAGGAUGAUUUUGAAUACUAUGUGAAAGUAAUCAGAUGGUUAGAAUGCAGUGGGCAUAUUGAGAUGGAAUUUAGGCAGAAGUUCUUGACGUGGUACAGUUUGAGAGCAAGUGGUCAAGAGGUUAGGGUAGUGAAGGCAUUUGUAGAUACACUUAUUGAAGAUCCAGAAUCAUUGGCUGGGCAGUUGGUUCACAGCUUCUCAGAUGUCAUCUCAAACAAGAAGUCUUCUAUGGUGCCUGCAGGCUUUUGCCUUAAGCUUUGGCACUGAAUUCAACUCCAUCAUCCCUAGACCCCCUAGCUUUCUAUUCUCUUCUCUUCUCUUAUUAGGAGCUGAUCGAUGAGGAGGAUACAAUUCAAUUGCAAACCUCAUCUCAUCUAGGUUAAUUGCUCUGCAUUAAUUCUUUGGAAAAAAAAAAAAAAAAACCCCAAAAAAUAUUAUUGUUAUUUGUUAAUGUUCACUGUUGGUUCGUUUUUAA